UAUUGUACAAUUGUUUGAAAACUCGUGCUGCUUUAAAAGUGAAAAAUGCCCAACGAGUUGCGGACAACUAGGCCAAGUCCUUAUUGGCGUCAUGCCAGUCCGUCGAGGAGAACAAUGGCGGGCAAGAUGGAUUUAUCACCGGAGCAGGCAAAUGAGCGCAUUGGAAACCAAUUGCUGCGCACCCUGGUCCACAGUCUUCCUUCAAAGAUAGAAACAACACGAUCCCGAUCCUCCUGCCCAUCAACACUUCGACAUCGCAGACAACCUAGUGGCUGCAGAUCCCUGGGAACUCCGGAAUCAGGGAUUAAAACCAAACGACCCAUUAGAUUGAAGGCGGGAAUGCCGGUUCAACAAGUCGAGAACAGCGAUCGAACUAGACAGUCCUAUUUGGACUCCAUCCAGCGAAUGAGUGACUCCCCAACAGCCAGAGCAAAAGCCAGAGAAGAGGAGUUCGAAAGGACACCGGAAAUGGUAAAUGAAGUAGACACCCCAAGAUCCAGAGAAAGCCUAAAUCUAGAAAGCGAAAACAACUCAUAUCCCGAAAGCAAAAACAACUCACGUCCGGGAAGCAAAAACAACUCAAAUCCAGGAAGCAAAAACACCUCAAAUCCCGAAAGCAAAAACAACUCAAAUCCCGAAAGCAAAAACAACUCAAAUCCUGGAAGCAAAAACAAUUCAAAUCCCGAAAGCAAAAACAAUUCAAAUCCAGGAAGCAAAAACAACUCAAAUCCAGAAAGCAAAAGCAAUUCACUUCGUGAAUCCCAGCAAAGUUUAACACAAGAAACUCCAAUAAAUUCAGUGGAGGGUAAUCAAAACAACUUGAAUCCAGAAACCAAUCAAAACUCAAAUCCAGAAACCAGAAACAAUUCACUUCGUGAAUCCCAGAAAAGUUCUGUACAAGAAACUCAAAGAAAUUCAGAGGAGAGUAAUCAUAUACAAACCCCAACAAAUUCCAUGGCAAGUAGUGUGUUUAAUAGCAAAGGAAAUGUUAAAAUCAUCGAGGAACCGAAGGAAUCAAAGCCAGUGGAACAGAAACCAUUGGAGGUUUCGAACUCCAAGAUUUAUCCAUGUUUUCGGGGAGAAUAUCCUACGCGACAUCGUCCUAGUUCGUUUCAAUGGUUCCAGGCAGGAGUUCCCAACUGCGGAAAUUUCGUUACCAUCUGCGAUCAGGAAGAACAAGUUAUGGGCGAGGCGGAAAUUAUUACCGCUUGCGAGGUCACAGAGGCUCACUUCCUGAGUAUCGAUUGUGGGGAUGAUAAUACGAACAAUGCAACACCAUCGCAGUCCAAAUGCAAGGGGUGCCAAUCGCAAUGGAACUGCCAGGGUCAGAAAGCAUUUGGAUGUCCUCAAAAGCCACAGAAUGGAGGGUGGCCUGGAUCGUGCUAUGGCCAGCAAAGGCCUUCUUGCUUUCAGCAACAACAACCUUGCCUUCAGCAACAACCAUCUUGCUUUCAGCAACAACAACCAUGUUUUAAGCAGCAACAACCUUGUAUGCAACAGCAAAAACCUUGUAUGCAACAGCAAAAACCUUGUAUGCAACAGCAACAACCUUGUAUGCAACAGCAACAACCGAAAUGCCGGCAAAAUCAGCCAUGCAACAAUAGGCCAAAAGGAUGUCUUAAAUGUCAAAAUCAGCCAAUGAACUCUUUUGCCUUCAAUCAACAACUGUCAAUGCAGCAACAAAUGAAUUCUCAUCAACCAACUCAGCAAAUGCAGCCGCAGAACAUGUAUUCCUUUCAGCAAAGAAACAUUACCGAACAGGAGCAACCAGCUAUGCAACAAAUGCAACUGCAGAUGCAACAACCACAACAAAUGCAACAGAUACGGAAUAUGUUUUGCUGUCAGCAACAAAACCCAAUUGAGCAGCAGCAAACAGAAAUGCAACAAAGGCAGUUUCAGAUGCAACAAUCGCCACAGAAUAUGUAUUCCUAUCAGCAAGAAAACCCAAUUGAGCAGGAGCAACGUGUAGUUCAGCAAAGGCAGUUGCGGUUGCAAGAAACGCCACAUGUGCAACAGCAACCCAUUCAGGAAAACAACUAUGGCCUCACUGAAAUGCUGGCCGAGGAGCUGAAGCAGCAAAUGCUGGCGGCGCAGGCUCAGAUUGCCCAGAUUCAACUGCAGUUGAAUAGUGCCUGUGGGGCAACCAGAGUGCGGCAGAUGCAUGUCAUCACUCAGAAUGCCGCCGAAGUCCCAGGUUGGGCGCCAGAAACUCAGUUCAUGGGAGCCUUAGGAGAAGAACCAAAUGAGGGCGAUCCUUACGCAGGAGCUUGCGAUGAGGAUGGCAAUAGUAUUCCGAAUUUCUCAAUACUGUCGGGGCAGCAACCUUUUCCAUGUCCAAGUUUGGGUUCGAACAAUUUGGGAAGGGAUAGAUCCCCACCCACAGACCCUCAAACACCCGAACAAGACAUGCAGCAUGGGCUGUAUCCUAUGGCCUUAGCGAUGAGCACUGAAACUCCCCACUUUGACCAACAGCCAGAGUCCUUAUUGCCCCAGCAAAUGAGUCCCAUUCAGGAGCAACAUCCGGAGUCAAAUUUGUCCCAGCAAAUGACUCCCGUUCAAGAGCAACAUCCGGAUUCAAUUUUGCACCAGCAAAUGAGUCCUGUUCCGCAGCAGUUCCCAAUGCCACCUUCUCAAUCACAGCAAAUUCAGCAAAUGCCUUUCAAUCACCAGCAACAGCCAAUGACUUCUUCCCAUCAAAUUCAGCAAAUGCCUUUCAAUCACCAGCAAAAGCCCAGGAAUUGCCAGCAAAAAUGCGGUAGAUGCCCACCUUGUCCGCCUCAAAAGCCAACACCUUGUCAGCAGAAAUCUCAGCGGUCAUGCUGCCAACAACAUCAGCAACCUGUGAGAUGCAAUCAAGCUUCUCCAUCCAAGUCGUGUACGAAUGCCAUAGCCUUCUUUCCAAGUUGUUGCUGCCAGCGAUAUGCUCAAAUGCGAUUCAUGAUGCCGCGAUGUUGGCCACGCUAAUAACUUACAACCUCCAAAGUUUGUAGAGUAACUCACCUUGAAUAGAGCAAAAUAAUGUCCUUCAAGGUGAGAUACUUUACGAAUAAAGGUUCUAAAAAGUGCUAAGUUGUGCAAUUCUUCCGUUUAAAAUUUAGGCGAGUCAAUGGAGUCUGAAAACUUGCUUUCAAUAAAGUUUAGAUUUAAAACCUUA